AACCUGCAGUAGCUCACCUUUGUCUCUGGCCGUGCCUGUCUGCGACGGAGCUGCGCAGUGGCUCUGUAGCGGUCUGUCUACAGACCCAGCAGGAUCUCGCGAGAACGGCGGCGUGGCUGGCUGGCUGUGGGGUUGCAGCAGACAGAGGGAGAAGGCAGGCAGCAUCAUGGCGGACAGAGACAGUGGAAGUGAGCAGGGAGGAGCAGCCACGGGCCCGGGCGUCGGUUCUUUGCACCCAGUGACAGGAGGGGCGGGCUCGGCUUCCGGGCUGCAGCACGAGACGCAGGAGCUCGCCUCGAAGCGGGUUGACAUCCAGAACAAGCGGUUCUACCUGGACGUAAAACAGAACGCGAAGGGCCGCUUCUUGAAGAUAGCCGAGGUCGGGGCCGGGGGAAACAAGAGCCGCCUCACUCUCUCCAUGUCCGUGGCGGUCGAGUUCCGCGACUACCUGGGGGACUUCAUCGAACACUAUGCCCAGCUGGGGCCGAGCAAUCCGGACAUCGCGCAGGACGAGCCACGGCGGGCGCUAAAGAGCGAAUUCCUGGUGCGGGAGAAUCGGAAAUACUACAUGGAUCUGAAAGAGAACCAGAGGGGCCGGUUCCUGAGGAUCCGACAGACCGUGAACCGGGGCCCCGGACUGGGAUCCACGCAAGGCCAGACGAUCGCUCUUCCUGCCCAGGGACUUAUCGAGUUUCGCGACGCUCUGGCCAAGCUAAUCGACGACUACGGGGUGGAGGACGAGCCCGCGGAGUUGCCCGAGGGGACCUCCUUGACUGUGGACAACAAGCGGUUCUUCUUCGACGUGGGUUCGAAUAAGUACGGGGUCUUCAUGCGGGUCAGCGAGGUGAAACCGACGUACCGCAACUCCAUCACGGUGCCCUACAAAGUGUGGUCUAAAUUCGGUAACACUUUCUGUAAAUACGCGGAGGAGAUGAAGAAGAUCCAGGAGAAGCAGCGGGAGAAAAGGGCAUGCGAGCUGCAGCAGCAGCAGCAGCAGCAGGAGGAACACGCCGACGAUGGAGACGAAGAUUGAUAAACAGAGUAAAAACAUGCAAAAAAGAGAAAAAAAGAAACAAAAUCACAAAAAAGAGAGAAAUUAUAAUUAAAAAGAACUUUACUGUAAAAAGAAAGAAACAUAAAGAUUAUAAACUGUAUCUGUUUAACUCCAAGGGAGCACCGCCCACAAACCCACAGACUGACAGUACAGACUUGUUGUCACUCAUCGCUGGAUGUUACCCACCUACCCACCAUUAAAACAGUAAGCAGCUGCUAAAAAACAGAGUAAUAACAUUAUCUAUGAACUGUGUUUCCUACUUGAUUAAAAUGAUAAAGAACUGAGUGUUUAUUUCCCUAAUUAACCGAGAACUUUUGUACGCGUUCGAGCUAUUAAAAAAGUGUUCGCAAUGUUCAAAUGGAAAUAUUGCCGAGUUAUGAGAACCAAGUCCCUUUCGUGUGAGCUAACGUUUGAAUUCUUCAGCACAAAGCAGAUGUUUUAGUUUUGUUUUCUUUGUUUUUUUUGUUUUUGUUUUUAACCAAAACGUAAAACCUUUUUAAAAGAGGUUGUCAUAGUAAACUUGCCACCAUAUUUACUUGUGAAUAGAAGUGUGUGUGUGUAUAUAUGUGUAUGUAUGUAUACACACACUCGCACAAAUCUCAGAACAUGUACCUGAGGGCCAGGCAUCAAGUCGGAGCUCUUGAAAUGUCACGCAGUCUGUAACUUUAAAGGUACUUUGGCAAUUGCACGCAAGGUAACAUACAAUACACAUUGCAUUAGAGCUGUGCACAUAUUCAACCGGUCUGUGAAUCCUCUGUCAACAUGAAGACAUUUAAAUGAAAAAAAAAACAUUUCAAGAGGUGUUAGGAUUUCAUUUGGUUUGUUUUGAUUGAACUUGUAGUUAUGCAGAUGAGGAGUGUGCUAUACCUUUGUGUCAACCUGUCAUGCGAUGUGUUAAAAACGUACCUGACUCUCCUGAUUAAGUGCAGAGACAACAUGCAGCAUUACCCGGAUAGAGAGUCCUGUUGCCAUCACCCGGCAACGGUUACAACUGUUACUCUUCAACACUGAAUCCUCAAAAACCAACAGUAUCAUGUCCACGGAAAUUAUGGGGGCAAAUAACGGCUUGAUGAAAGUGCUCACUUUAAAAAAAAAAAAGAAAAAAAAAGAAAAAAAAUAUAAUACAAAUUAUGAUUUUGUGAAUCAGAUGUAUUGCAAUCCUUAUUAAAACCCCACGUUUUCUGUGGGGGAACCUGAAAAAUUAUCUUUUCAAUGGAGAGAGACGAUAUAAAGGUCUACCGGUAAGGGGGGGAGAGGCGCUCGGGAGAAGCGCUCGGGAGAGCUCGUGCUGCAUGUUACCUGUACGGAGCCGCAUACCUGUGUAGAGCAUCCUCUUCAGCAUUAAAAAAAGACCUGGUGCCUUACA